GACGGCGACUGAAAUUGCAAGUUACUGUGAUAUAUUUAUUUUCAAUAUUUUACUAUUCUUAUCAAGCAAUUAAAUGAGCAGGGAUAUCGAGUUAUGUCUAUAAGUAAUGGAAGGAACAGAACUGGGUGGCGACCAGCAAUUCUGUUUGAGAUGGAACAAUUUUCAAGCAAAUAUAACUUCUCAAUUCGAGGCGCUGCGCGAUGAUGAGGACUUCGUGGACGUGACCCUGGCGUGCGAAGGGCACAGGCUGGAGGCCCAUAAGGUGGUUCUGUCCGCAUGUAGUCCCUACUUCAAGGAAUUGUUCAAAAACAACCCAUGUCCUCACCCGAUAAUAUUCAUGCGCGACUGCGAGGUGUCGCACGUGCGCGCGUUGCUACAGUUCAUGUACGUGGGGCAGGUGAACAUCGCCCAGGCACAGCUUUCGGCAUUCCUGCGCACCGCGGAUGCGCUUCAGAUCCGCGGCCUCACUGACUGCUCCCAGCACAAUGACAAAAAAGUGAAUAGAAAGUCCCCUCCUUCUCAACUACGUAAUUUGCUCAGCGCCAAACCGUCACAUUCUACCUCUUCCUCCAAAGCCGCAAGCCAAAAUGUUGAGUCGACCUCCAUUGACGAACCAGACAAAAAUAGUCGCCGAUCUAACAGAAAUUCUCCCGACGUUGCCAGAAAUAAUAUCAACGAAGAAGCUCCCUUUCAAACUUCUAGUCAAACGAGGCCUAAUUAUGAUGACUAUAGCGAAUCGUGCAACUAUCCCUCGUUGAGGGUGAAAACUGAUCUCGAAACGCCGCCCGAUGUGAAGAAUGAAGAAAAUGACAUUCUUAUGGACCCUGGAGACCCGGACAGGACGGACAAAUGUCAAGACUUUAACGCAUCAGAUCUUCUCGAACCUAAAAUGGAAGUAAUGGAACAAGAAGCUAGUGACGAAGAACGGUCUAGUUUUCCUCCGGUCUACUACAACGAGAACAAUACACUAGCUAACCCCUUUGCGACCCUACAAGGUAAUAUGGAUCUCAUGGGCGGGAUUAGUACCGAGCUACGAGACGAGAACACGGAAGUCGCAGGACGUUGGGACGGGCGCCGCAACCGGCCGGUGCCGGACGCCGUAUGGCUGGAACAGCACCGACGCGCGCUACCCUUUGUGCUGAAGCGGGAGAACGAGCGUACAGGGGCGCCUGCGCCUAGACUCAUAAAACUGGGCGAAGGUGUGGAGAUUCGUGAAGAGUUAUUGAGAGGGGUGAAAUGGGGGGAUUAUCGUAAAGUGACGCGCGGGCUGGCAGCGGCGCUGUUCUCGCCCAUCGAGCUGGCCACCUGCUCGGUGACAGGGCAGCGCUGGUCUCGUGCAGGGCAAGAAUCGCGCCCCACCAAGCCGCCACUCGACCGACGCCGCGUACACGCGCUGAUCUCCUACGUCAGCCGCCACUUUCCUGACGUUGAGGUGUCACGCAUUAAACAGGUGCUCGCUUACAAAUGCAAGGAGAACUGUGCAGCGCUCCGGAUGCGAACUGCAAGGUUGUCUAACUGUUUCAGCGAGUCUACCAACUACCUAUUGAGCGCAGCCGCGCGCCCGCCACCCUGCGACGACGUGCCCGCACCGAGUGCGCGCUCUUCUUAUCCCACAUUUGAGGCGCCGCCGGGGCCAGGUUCGGCAGGCGGCAGUGGCGCAGGCAGCACAGCUAGCGCGGCCAGCGGUGCAAGCGCCGAAAGCAAGCCCGGAGGCUGCGACUACCCGCGCGCCGACGACGUCGCCGACCCGUAGUGGUGCAGCUCUGUGCACACGCCCGUAUUGCAUAUCACUUUCAUAAUCUUGUUAUUUUUUACCAAAAAGAGAAAUUGUAAUCGUCGCUACUUGGCGUCGCGUGGUGCCACCGACCCUGCUGUUAAUAACAGGGAGGUGGUGCGAUGAGGUCCGGGCGGCGAUAUCAGUUCGGUGGCACAGCGUGCCAUCAUUGCGUGGCGGUGCGUUAAUCCUGUCAAAUAUUCAUAUUUAUUUAGGUGAUAUUUUUCUAUUGGCUACUGAUAAGAAUUUAUCUCGUUAUGCGACCGGCCGUGCCGGCGCAUUGUCGUUCGUAAGGGGAGUGGUGCCCGAAGCUCUAGCAAUAAUUUAUCAGGUUCCUAAGACAUGUUUCGUAGAUAGGUUCUAUAUGCACGAAUUUUUCGCGAACACUGCCGCUUGAUUUUAAAAUUUUAUUUUGUCGAUAUUAGUCGUUCGAUCGCUUCCUUUACUUUUAAUAAGAAAAGUCAUUUCGUGGUUACUUUAAAAAUUUGUAUAUGAAGCAUUUAAGUGCUGUACGAGGGACCGUUGCAAUUGCAAAGUAAAUAUAUCAAAAUGGCAUAAUUUUUAGGACUAAUAUAGAGCUAUAAUAGUCAUUUUGUUUUAUAGGUGUAAAUGAUAAAGAAUUUAUUUUGGCGUGUCUGGUUGGAUGUCGUAAAGUCUUUGGAGAGCUGUGAUCAUGAUGGAUUUAAAUAAAGCAGUCAUAUUUUUAAAAUAAUUACGAUUAAGAGUUAUUACGUAAUUAAUACCAAUUGUACAGAUUAUCUGUACGCCAUCGUAAGUGGUAUAAGUGACAGUCGUCUGUUUGCUUUCACCGCUCACCGGAGAGCGGCGCGGCGAGGCCGCGGCCGAAGUCCGGCGGCGGCUCCUGCGAACGACUAGCGGUCCUGACACCUCAACUGCACACAGAUGCAUUAAUCAUAUCAAAAAAAAGCAAUAACUACUAUUAUUUGAUAAAUAAAAGAUUUUUAAUUUUUAAAUACUAUUUUAACCAAGUUGUUAUAAAUGUAGCUAGUAUAUAACGGAAGUCUCUUGAAAAGUCCACGUUUAUAUAGUUCUUUUGAACGUUUGAUGUAACCCUCAUAAUAAUUAUGUACUGUCUCACGUUUUAAAGUCAUAUCAAUUUAAAAUAUAGUUUCACGUUCUGUAUUUUGUACAUUACGUAAGCAAGUAAGGUAUAGUGUAUGUAACUCAGUGCUAGAAACGAGAUGUGUCGUGAUAUAAAGGAAACUGUUAUAAACCAGGACUGUCACGUCACGAAUCGGCAGAAGACUGAUGUACCUCGUAUGUAGGUUUGAGUGAGGGUAGCUUAUGUUAUAGUGCCAAUGAGGAGCGCAUCCCAAAAGGAUGUCCAGCAUACACAUCUCCUCCCUACGACGCGAGUAGUACACAGUAUACUGUUUUAGAAAUGAUCCACAAGAUAUUUGUGUACCUAUAAGUAACAGUUACCAGAGUAGAAUAUCGUAGUCACGCAAUGCUACCUAGUAAACAUACUAACAAAUCAUAAUGAUUGUGAUGCCAAUCGAAAGUGUUAAUGCUCAAAUUUGCCAAAUUUUACUUGCCGAAAUGGUCUUGUCCAUUAAUUUCGUGAAUGAUUCUAAGUCGGUAUCGCGGCCAUUCCGAUUCGACGUAUCUGAAAGUAACAAGAACGUCGUCGGAAAUCGGGAUGGUGAGUCACGUUUGCUCAACAAAUGGAGAAUAUUCCUUUCAUAGUCAGUUCACACACAUUCAUUGUAAAAGUUAAAACUUUUUCGCCCAAUGAAAGUUUAUAUCAUUAGUAAGAUUAAUUGAACAAAAUUUAAUGGUAAAAAAGAAAUUAAGAAUUAAUGAAUUCGCGAGUAUAAAUAAAUACUUUGUGAGAAUACUCGAGAUACAAUAUGUUAAUUUAGUGCCAAAUGAUAAGUUAACUCGUAGCAAUAUAUUGUAUCCUAAUGCUCUUGUAAUUUCUCACGUAGUGUUAAUGACCUAUGAGGUUUCAAAGGUUUCUUUUACAAGACUAUAAUAUAUUUAUACAGGGAAGUGUUAGGUAUGUAUUGUUGAUCGGAUUUAAGAGUGUUGUUGAGGUAAAAUACUCAUUGAGGCAGGGUGUAAAAAUAAACCAGCCGACUACCGGUAUUCCUCGCUAGCUGUUGGUAGCACGAAGACCUACAGGCGUCUAAGUUUACCCUAGUCUAGUUUAGAUGUGUAUUCGUAGUUUAAAAAAGUUUUAUCAAAGUUAACCACAAUUCCAAAAUGCCAAAAAUUGCCAAACUCCUUUUUCCUUCAACAGGGUAAAUGAACAUUUCAGAAAAUCUUACAAUCUGCAUUAAACGAAUUAGGACAUAAAUAUUAUUUUUACACUCUGUUUUCAUAACAUUGAUUGAGCAAUGGAACAAGAGAAUUUAUUUAUCAAGUAAGUUUUUUUAUUUAUGAUAUUUUUUUUACUAAAAUUAAUUAUACAAUGAUGAUUUUGCAUUUUUAUGAUUACUUAUAUUGGCAGCUGUCCAUAAAUGGUGAUGGAUAAAAUCAGUCACUGGUUCGUUUGGGCUUUCAUAAAUUAAUUGUAAAACGAUACAUCGAACAUGACACAUUGGGCACAAAUAUUAAUAGAAAUGCUUAGUUGCUGCUUGCUGUAUGUUAAUAAAAUCAUCGUUCCUGACAGCUAGUGUCUGUUGGAUCAUUGGUUGAAAUCCAAAUUGUUAAGUAUCAAGAUUUAUGUAUCCAACAUUUAUCGAUAAAUCUAGGAAAUGAGUAAAGAACAACAUCAAUGCCACUGCUCCUAAUAGGUGCAGCGUUGUGCCAAAAUUUGUACUAGUCUUUAAAAAAGAAAUGUUGUUAUCAUUUUUCAGAUUUUAUUUAGUCCAGAAUGUGUUUGUUUCUGUGCUGUGAAAGUAAAAAUUUAACAAACCAAUGCAUGCGAUUACAGCUGAAGGCUCUCGGUAUGUUCCCUACAACAUUCACGCACUUACCUAAUGUAAGUUUGUAUAUCAUUUUGAUAGACAUUGUUAUCACUAGUUGUUGUUACAAUUAAAUUUAACGUCUACGUAAUAUUGUCUAAACUAAAGCGAACACAUCAGGUUCCUAUCCAAGUUAUGGACCAGUCAUAAUAACUUUAAUGCAAGUUGAGAGUAGUAAUACUUCGUGGCAUGUAGCUAUCAAACCUGUCAUGCGUUUUUGACCUAUUGCUCUAUGUAGUAAUAUCCAAAUUGAAACAUAUCUCUUUGGUACAUAUCAAUGUUUUUCAAAUAUUAUUGUCAUAAAGUAUUUAAUUUACUACAUAAUCCUCUUACGCAACUCGAGAGUAUUAUCUUCAAUUACUGGUCUAUCGAACUUAUGAAAGUGUCAAUAUUUUUAUAACGAGUCAUAAAACCUAGCGCAUGAUUAUCGUAUUGGUUUGUUAUAAUAUUUUUAAUAUUUAUACACGAAAGCACGUAAUAAUUAUUUAGCUUUGAGCUUGUGCAAUAUUAUUCCAAAUUGUUUAUAGGAAAAUCUGUUACUAAUUAUUUCUAAAUUGUUAUAAAUAUUUUUGUAAACAUAAAAGACAUAGGCAACUGAAAUUCUAUUUUUGUUGUGCAUUUAUUCUCAAAUUUUAUCAGAAGUAAGCCACAAACCCAUUGUGGACUGUAAUGUCUGCGUCUGUGAAGAACUAUUAUAUUAGAUACAGUAGAUUUUUUUAUAUAACGCUGAUAUUGUGAGUCAAUUCUAGUAAUGUUAAUGUUCCCUUUUUAUUUAGAAUAAUUUUACGUUAAACAAAUUAAACUAAGAUAUUGCUCAACCAAGAUGCAAUGCUAACUGCAAUUAGGCAUAUGAGUUAAUUUUAAAAUUGUCCUUUUUUAUAUUUUUAUUUAUCUGAUAUUCUGUUUUUGUGAAUUACGGCAGCGCAUGUUAAUCUAUGAUUUAUUCUUAAGAGAGGCCAAAUGUUGACUUGCUUAUGUGAGACUGUUUUGCCAAGAAUGAAGAAGUAUAUUAUUAUUACCU